AUGAACAGGAAUCGAUUUGCAAACUUUAACGAAGAAGGCGUCCCAGAGGUAGUGCUCGAGGUUGAAGAAACAAGUGAAAUAGACGAUUCAGUUUCUGUAAGUUACGCAAGUAUUAUGUGAUGCAGUGGGAUUUUAAUUUCUUUUAUUUUAGGAUGUGUAUGUUUAGCAGAGUACCCAGAUAUUUAUGAAAUCAACCCUGACGUAUGCAUGUUUACUUUGUUUUAUAUGUGUGCAGAAGGAGUAUCUGCGUUAAUAUCAAUGUCUGCAUUGAGCUUUUGCUGGGCUUGCACUGUAUUAAAAGGAUCUCCUGGGAGAUGCAGCGAUUAUGUUGGCUUAUUUUCUGUGAUAACAAUGAGCUUAUCAAACAUCGCUCAUCUUCUUGCUAUCGUCAUUUCUCCGAUUUUGCUUUACAAAGCUGAUGACAUCCCAAUUAUUUUUGACGUAUUCAUAACAUACCAAUUCGCUUUUGCAUUGUAUGCAUUGAGUCGGUUUUUCAAGAUUUCGCAUGAGGAAAAGCAUUUUAUGAAUCCUGUUAUUUCGGAAAAUAUUAGGAAAGCAGAGACUGAGAUUAAAGAAGCUAGGUCAAGAUCAAGCUCUUUACAAAGUGAAUUCUCUGUUUAUAUGGCAGAAGUUGGGGGAAGGGCAACGAGAUCGACUAGCAAUUAUGUAGGGAGAAAAGAAAUUGAUCCUGAAUUAAAAAGAGAAAGGUCAGUUUCGACUGGAACUUCUAAUAUUGUAUUAAAAAUUCCGACAAAAGCUGUCGAAGGAAGUCCUAGUAAACUUACAUUAGCUAGAUAA